UACGCAAGUCAUUGUUUGACUUGUGACCGCCAAAACGAGUCAUCGAGGGCCUCGUAGCCGCGGCCUUGGGGCCAGGCGGCUGAGGGGUAUAUAGGGCGGCAGCCGCUGACGGCGUCAUGUUCCCCUUCAACAGCUCGCCAUGAAGACCUGGGUUCUCGUCGCCGCCCUCGUGGCUUUCCUUGUUUCCGUGGCUAGUGCCAUGCCCCAGCCGGAGGCCGAGCCCGGCUUCCGCGGCGGCUUUGGCCACGGUGGCUUCGGCGGUGGCUUCGGUGGCGGCUUCGGCGGCUACGGAGGGUACCGCGGGAAGAGGAGCGCCGCGGCUGACCCUGAACCCGGCUUCCGCGGCGGCUUUGGCCACGGCGGCUUCGGCGGUGGCUUCGGUGGCGGCUUCGGCGGCUACGGAGGGUACCGCGGCAAGAGGAGCGCCGAGGCUGACCCUGAGCCAGGCUUCCGCGGCGGCUUUGGCCAUGGCGGUUUUGGCCACGGCGGCUUCGGCAGUGGCUUCGGCGGCUACGGAGGGUACCGCGGCAAGAGGAGCGCCGAGGCUGACCCUGAGCCAGGCUUCCGCGGCGGCUUUGGCCAUGGCGGUUUUGGCCACGGCGGCUUCGGCAGUGGCUUCGGCGGCUACGGAGGGUACCGCGGCAAGAGGAGCGCCGAGGCUGACCCUGAGCCCGGCUUCCGCGGCGGCUUUGGCCAUGGCGGUUUUGGUCAUGGCGGCUUCGGCGGCGGUUUCGGCGGCUUCGGCAGCUACGGAGGAUACCGCGGCAAGAGGAGCGCCGAGGCUGAACCAGGUUUCCGCGGCGGCUUUGGCGGCUUCCAUGGUAGUUUUGGAGGCGGCUAUGGCGGCUUCGGAGGCUUUGGCUAUGGCAAAUGAAAGGAACAGCAAAACGUAUUCAAGUUUUCAGUAAUGGCUUAAACCUUCCUUCAUAAUCUAAAUUCUGUUUCUGUGUGUGUGUGUGUGUGUGUGUGUGUGUGUGUGUGUGUGUGUGUGUUCAUAAUUUCUCUCCAUAUAAAAAUUCUUAAUUUUUUUUAUUAUUAUCUGAAAAGAAAAAGAACACUUAAAGAUUGGAUCCAGAAAUAAAGCCAUUUAUCUUA